AUGACCUCUCCAAUGCCCUCCAAACUAACGCAUGUUCCGUUUCCUUUCCCUCAGAGGGAGCGCUGCGGGUACUUCCUCCUCGACACCGUGUUCACCGUGGUUGUAACCGGGUCUCUGGUUGUCUUCGUAUGGCGCGGGGCCUGGGUGUUCCUGGACGCUGUGCUUUUCCCUACCAUGCCGCGCUACUCGGCUAUGGGCUCGAUGGUGUUGGGCAUGACGGUGACUCUGCUGGUGUUCGCCGCACAGCUGGUGCUGAUCCCGUACCUCCGCCACGUGAGGAAGGGCGUCGGCAAGAUCGUGGUCGAGGACGCCUACCACACCAUCUGCUUCGUUGGCGACAUCAACAUGUGGAGGGGCGUGUGGAUGCUCCUCAACAUUUACCUCCUUCCAGACAUGCCCGUUGUCAGCAAUUUCCUGACGUCGGUGGCUGGUCUGGUCUUGCUGAUGUGCUUCUACACAUCCAACUCCAUCUUGGUGAGAGGCGCUGUGAUGGAUGGCGCGGGAGAAGGAUCCAAGGGAGUUACAUUCCCCACGCAGUACUUCAGAUUCUUCUAUAAG